AAACAGGCCUGGUAUAAUAAAUAUUAAUAACAAUUAAGUUAAGUAUUAUCAAAUAUUGUUGCAGUUAUACUACAAUAUUUGAUAUAUUUUGUAGGUAAUUUUCUUUGUAAUAAAAUGUGACAGCGAAGGCCAUUGUUUUGCCCGGGAAUAGCGUGUUUAUAGUUAAUAUGGCCAUGGCGGGAUUUGGAUUGUCUCCUGUCCUAGAAUCAAAUGUUGACUCCUAUUGUUUAUCUUUCCUGUUGGUGUCGCCUACGGAAGAACUGCUCAGCCUCGUCAGAAGUGCCUUGUUCCGAGCGCACUCGUUGCAGAAGCAGCGUUACAGGCUGAACGUGCACCUGUGCGAAGCAGUGCAAGACAUUGUGAAGAACAGGUGUAGAGUGCAGGCCGACUGUGUUGUGUUCGUCAUGGACACGCGGAGAGCAGAUUGCCUUGACAAGGUGAGAGAGAGCGUGCAGCACCUGGGCAAGGUGUACCGGCACGGCCAGAUGUGCCUGGUGAACAGCUUCUGCGACCUGUCGCCGCUCCAGCUGGGCGUGUCGUACAGCAACAUGCAGGGCCUGGCGGGCGACCUGGGCGUCCACCUGCUCAACGCCGCGGUCACCGGCGGUCCGCCCUGCCUGCAGCUGGCACGCCGUCUCACCAACCUCUGCGCCCUGCUCGUCGGCCUCAGAACCGGCAUCCCUUUUCUGGACAUACCACACCGACCCCGGCAGCAGGAUUCAUCUCUCGAGUCUUCACAGGAGAGUUCUACAUCUGCAGAAGAGGACAGCUGGUCAAUUGAUACAGACUGAUAUGACCGGAACAGCAUCUUCUGCAAUUUGGGAAGUUUCUGGUGGUGGUGGUGUGGCCUUCUUGUGAAAACAUUGUGGGUUUGCGAAUAUGAGUAGUAGAUUUUGGCUAUUACGAAGGGGAAAAAAAAACAUGCAUGAUUUUGUAACUAAUGUUUUAGUUGAAUCCUAGUUACCUAUUUUUUACAAAUUUGAAUUAGUUGAAAAUGAGUGAGUGAAUGAAUGAAUCAAUGAAUCAAUAAAGGUGCAACAUGCAUAGACCUAAAGGUGAAUAAGUGUGAUGGAGCAGCGCUGGGAGGUAAGCUAGGAACACUCCCAGAAAACCCACUGGCCAUUUGCAACUUCUGCCAUGUAGCUCACUUGCGAUAAGUCUGGGCGACGGGAAAUAAACCCAUAUACAUAGAUUAUUCACCAAGGAUGUUUGUCUACCAUAAUACAAAUUAUAGUUUUACCUCAACAAUACAAACCUGAAGGAACCAAAAUUUUGUCACUUUGCAAUAACAAAGUUUCUAUUAACCAAACUAUUACAAAAUUUAAUUAUAUUUUUUAUAUAACUUUUAAAUCAAAUUCAAAUAAAGUUAAAAAUAUUUUUCAAUUUAUUACAUGCUUAACAAACAGAAAAAAUUGAAUAUGCUCCAAGGAAACUUGUACACAAUUUUAUUCAGCACAAAGUGUACUUUUUUAGGGAUUGUAAAAUACAAAUUUAGGAUGAUUACACUCAUGUAAAAAAAAAAAAAUUACCUCUCCUACUUUUUAAAAAGAUUUAAUACCUAAGAAUAAAGUAAAGGUUAUAAACUACUUACAAAAAGACUUGCCAUCAUUUUGGAACAAUAUGUAAUUUAUAAGCUUUUUUUCCCCAACAUACCCUAAUGUUUUUUAUUUUUUUUAUUUUUAUUUAACAUUAUUAUGAGAUGUUUGUAUUAACCAUCUUUAUUUAUGUAAUUGUUUACCCUUGGAACAAAAUCACCUGUGUAUUACAUAAAAACCAUACUUUUGUAUUAAACAAAUUAGUUAGCACUACUAUAUCCUUUUGUAAUUUUUAGGGACUAUGAAACACUUUGUAUAAAUAACAGUUUUAUAUUAACAGGUUUUUAUUAAUGAGGUUUCACAGUACUGUAAGUAAUAAGUUUAUUUUAAGCACACCCGCCCCUUGAAGUAACGCUCAAAUUCUUUCAAGGAAAACAGAGCCAAUCAGAUACUUUUUUUUUUUUUCCAUGAAAGUGCAUGUUAAUCAACAUACGUAAUUUGUUUUCCAAUCAGGUAAGUGUGCCUGCUGACUACCAUUUUAAACAAGACACUGCUCCCAUUAAAAAUUUACAUUACAAAUAUAUAUCUAAAUACAUUUGAAGUACAUUCAAAUAAAGUUUGAAGAACAUUUUGAGAUUAAACAAGCUAAAAUUAAGUUUUCAAAAUUUGUGUACCACGUUGUUUACAUAAUAGGGAUUGGGCAUAGCAUUCCUAAGUAGGCACUAACAACAUUUCUGAGUCGUAAAAUAAUAAUGUUAUUAAUAUAGGAUAAAUAUUUCAGUUCUAAUAAGAAUUAAAAAAUCAUACAUUUAACAUUUUCUAUUAUUAUUUGACAGAUUUUUUAACCUAUUUGAAGUAAUUCCCGACUCAAAUUGCUUACUAAUUGCAUGUCUGUCAUGAUUUGCUACUACAGUGCAUUCCAUUAGGUACGAGGGAAACACUAGGUUGAAAGUUUCUAGCUUCACUCUCCAAAUGUACAGCUGACAUGUGGGAUGGUGCAGGGUGACUGAACACAUAGGGGCGUCGGAUAUAAAUACGCAAUGACAAAAGCAAUACGUUCAAGGAAAGAGAAAAAUAUUAAUUUGUUGCAUUGUAUUUAAUGCUACACAAGUGCCAUUGCCAUUGUGCACGUAAUGCAAUAAAAAUUUACAUGUUAGAAAACAGUGCUACCUCACACCUUGUUACUUCAAGGGGUGAGUGUCCCUAGCUUAGCAUUCUAGAAUUUUAAUUUUUAUUUUUAAAGAGACUUUCUAAGUGGGUGAAAUAAAGAUGGAGGGUUAAACUUGCAAUGCGUAUUACAAUACGAUAUGAAAGUACAUACAAAACGUAGGCAGGGGAGGAUGCGACAGACUUGUGCCUUCCCCGAAAUGUUUUCAACUAAAGUCAAUUUGCUGUGUAAGUUUUUAGUCUGUAUUUUUAGAUUGUAUACCAUAGUAGAAGGGUUCACUUAUAUGUACAUAAUAUUUUUUUAGUGCAGUAGAACAGCCCAGCUUAAUUUAAAACUUGAUGUAUUGCAGUGUAAUUAAAAUAAACUGCAUUUUUGUAAGAAUACACUAAAUGUUGUCUUGAUUUGGAAGACAUUAAAAUAAAAAACACAUUUACUUAAUAAAAUUUUUGUUACU